AUGGAACUGAGUAAGAUACCCCAUUUCACCUCAACCAGAACAACACACAUCCCAUUGAAUUGGAAGCACAAACACAUUAUCAGCGCAUGGAGUUGGUCAACCGUGUUAAGUUACAACGCUGGUGUCAAGAAGUUCCUCAACUUCAUCACACAAACGUCAGGUUAUUUUUCCCUACCAGCAACAACCAAACAACUUUUCAAAUUUUGCUUAUGGGCCGGACGUACCGACACAGCACCUUCGACAGGACCCAUCACAUCAAAAACACUGACGAAAUACCUCUUUGCAAUACAAGCAUGGCAUUUAUUCCACGGCUUCACCUACCUGAUGGAAUCGAAAGCCCAAAUAAACUUGGUACUGAAGGCAUGUGCAAAGAAAGACACUGAAUUCAACCUGAAGAAAGAGAAGACAGCAAUUCACAUACCACAACUGAAAGUCUUAGUAGAACUCCUCAGCAAAGGAGACAAGGCAGAAAAGGCAAUAGCCAAUCUAAUGUUAGUCACAUUUUGGGGGAUGUGCCGUAUGAAAGAAGUCACAUACUCAAAACGACAAGGAAAACUUUGCAGAACGGACUCAAUCAUGACGUCCGAUGUUAGUUUUAGACGAUCAAAGACGAAUACAAUCGCCACAAUCUCUUUACGUGGCGCAAAGACAGCCAAACCGGGGGAGGUACAAAUCAUUAAGUUAUCCUCAAAACCGAACAAACUAUGCCCCGUAGCUGCCAUACUACGUCGUCUAGAAGAAGCAGGCAACUCAGAUACCUCACUCUUUGGUUUCUUCGAGGAAGGUAUCCGGAACCAUAUCACAAGAGAAAUAGCAAUGCUGAAGAUAAGUCAGAUUACAAUCAGCAGAGCAUUUCCAGGAAUAACCGGUCACUCAUUCCGAGUAGGGGGGGCUUCCCUGCGUCACACGCUUGGAAUACCUGUCCGUCACAUCUGCAACUUGGGGAGAUGGAAAUCAGACUCGUACAAAUUAUACAUCAAGCCUUAUGAACAAGAAGAUAUAGAUAACGCCUUGAUCCUCCUAGCAAAUAAUAGUGAAACCCUUGUAUGA